GAAUAGCAGAAUCGAGGAGAAGAAAGAGAGAUUAUUAUAGCAAUUCCCUGAAUAAAACCCUAGAAAUCCCCUCCCCCCUCGAAGCCCCGAAGGAGUUCAGAAUCGCUCGCCGCGGCUAUCCACUGUCGGAAUCGAUCGAUCGUGCUCGGCGAAGACCGCCAUGGAUGCUGCUGCUGCUGCCGCCGCCGCUGCUCCUUGAUCAAGAAUCGUCUCUGCCAGAGGAGUUGAAGCCUUUUGUGAGAGAGAGAGAGAGAGAGUGGGAGAGGGUCGGGGAUGGGUUGCUUCCUCGCGUGCUUCGGCUCGUCGAAGGAUGGGAAGCGGCGGAAGCAGAGGAGGAAAGUCCAGCCCCGCGACCACCACCGCGUAAGCCUUUCUCCGCCGAGCUGCGGAUCCGGCCUUCUUCGGAAUUCGGGUGGCCGGCCGGUUGAGUUUGCCGUUUCAUCCGGGCAAGAAAUUCCAGCAAAGCCAGUCCGGCCGGUUGAGUUUGCCGUUUCAUCUGGGCAAGAAAUUCCGGCAAAGCCAGUCGCUUCGGUUUCUGAUUUGCUUGAUAAGCCUGAGGAGCCAUUGAGCUGCAGUACCCGGAAGAAAGUGACUUUCGAUUCGAAUGUUAAAACCUACGAGCACGUUUUGCCUCCUGAUGAUGAUGGUGAUGCUGGAAAAGAAAAUUUAUGGGAGAGUCGAGAUGUGGUCGAAUUGGAUGAUAAUUAUGAAAAGUUAAGUCAAGCUCAGUGUGCUUCUGAGGAUAGCUCGGUCGUGUCCAGCGUCAGAUCACACCCUCCGAACCACAGGUACCAGAACUGUAGAGACAGCGACGAUGAAGAUGGGGUCUUAGAUUGCAAUGUGAGCGAUCUUACUGAUGAUGAUUAUGAUGACGACCGUGACAGUGAGGAUGAAGGUCAGGACUCAAAUGAGAUUUAUGAGGGCGAUGAUGAGAUCGAAGAAACGAGGGCAGUUCACCCAACUCCUAGUGAGGUUUGCAAUCCUGAACAUAUGCGUCGGGAAUCUCCUUUAGCGGAGGUGAACCCUACUAAGUUGAAUGUGAAUGCUCGAGAUAGGAGCGUGUACAUCCAUUCGGUGUUGAAUCCUGUCGAAAAUCUGACUCAAUGGAAGGCCGUGAAAGCGAAGGGGACGCCGCUGCCAAAGCACCGAAAGGAGAAUUUGAGCUUUGACCAAGAAGCUAGGAUGUCAUUCGACACUGCACCAGCUUUGAAGGAAGUCUCAUUCAGUUUCAAGGCAAAACCAAAUGAGACAAAGAAAUCUACCCAAGAAGUACCUGUGGAUGCUAGCCUUUCAAACUGGUUGCCUUCCUCAGUAACUACGCCGAUUGAAAAGAAGAGCGCAACGACUUUGGACUCUGUCCAAGUCGAGACAUCAUUGGUAAAAGGAUAUAUGAGCUCACCGAGGAGCCAAGAAGAUAGACCGAUUUUGGGUGCAUUGACUGUGGAAGAACUAAGACAGUUUUCAGCCAAGUCUUCGCCAAGGAAAUCACCGAGCAGAAGUCCCGACGAGAUGCCCAUAAUUGGGACAGUCGGAACAUACUGGAGCCAGUCAGAUUCGGUGGGCAAUACUUGCUCAACUGCUUCUUCCUUCAAAGGAAUACCAAACACCACCAGCAAAUACAGAGAGGAUAAGAAAGUGAAUUGGCACUCCACCCCUUUUGAGACAAGGUUGGAGAGAGCUUUAAACAGGGGAGCUCAUCAACUGUAAUCCGUGCGUACACAUUCUGUAUGUUCUUGAGAUGGUUUGUGUGUGCUCACGUUCGUCAUUUUUUCCAUUCUUUUGUGAAUUCAAAUCUGUUUGGUGCGUGGUGGUAUAUGGUUUUGCUGAUGUUAUUCACUUUAUGUUCAUUGUUUGUACAAUUUGAUCUUUCAUAGUUACAUGUACCUGUGUGAUAAAAGAGUUUAUGUUGAACAGAUAUAGUGAGAUGGGUUUCUCUAUUGAGAGUGAAAUCAUAUCCAUGUGGUGUUAAUUCGGUUAUCGUA